GGAGCCCGCCUAACGUUGUUUGAUGAGAACUCGCCUAUGUUUUCUUAUUCCUUCGGUUCACAAAAUAUUUUAUGUUCAGCGUGCUAGUUUAACUAUGAAAAGGAAAGCUUCAAACAUUUCACCAAGGAAACAACCGUCAACAAUACCCAAGUCCUCUAUCGGCUCUUACCUUUCAAUCUUGCAAAAAGAGGAGCCGUCGUCGUUAGACACUGAAAGACAAGCAAAGGAGAAUGUGGACCAGAAUACCAACGAUAUGCGACUUGAAAGCCAGCAAGGUUCCGAGACGAGUUCCAGUACUUCGGAACAUUCUUCUUCUCUUGUAGAAAAUGCCAAGGUUGUAUGUGAAGAGAAACUCGAUGAAUGUACCUUCUCCAGUGUCAGUUGGCAACCUCCUUCUAGAACGCCUUUUCGUUUUUUAGCAGAGGCCUUUGAAGUGAUGGAAAUGACAACUUCACGAUUGGCACUCAUCAAAAUACUUACGCAGGUCUUUCGCAAGAUUGUCAAUACUACUCCAGACGAUCUUUUACCUUGUGUCUAUCUUUGUACCAAUAUGUUGGGACCAGCUCACGAGGGUUUGGAAUUGAAGGCGGGAGAAGCUACAGUACUUAAUGCUCUUUCCUCUGCCACUGGGAACUCCGUGAAAGUUUUAAAGGAACGAUUGAUAAAACUUGGUGAUAUCGGUGACUUAGCAGCAGAAUGUAGAACAACUCAGCAAACCAUGUUCAAGCCACCUAGCUUAACUAUACAAGGUGUUUACCAGGAGUUUCGCACGAUGGCCAAUCUUGCAGGUAAAAUGUCUACCAAGGAAAGAGAGAAACAUUUGCAAAAGUUAUUAGUAAGUGCUACUAGUCAAGAAGCCAAGUAUAUAGCUAGGAUUGUUUUGGGAAAGCUGCGCAUUCAUAUUGCGUACAAGACAGUCAUUGCGUCGCUAGCUACAGUCUUUGCUCCUUGUUCUAAAACAGUUGGAAAAACAGCGGAUGAAAUGGAUAGUAUAGUAAAGGAGGCUACUGCAACUCUGAACGCUGUCUAUUCUCAGUUGCCAAUGUGGGAUCGUAUCAUACCAGUCUUAAUACAAAAUAAAAGCACUCAAGGAUUAGAAGAUCAUUGCAGGUUGACUCCAGGAGUUCCGGUUGGUCCAAUGCUUGCAAAGCCUGCAAAGGAAGCAUCUGAUGUGCUUGAGAGAUUUCAAGAGUGUUCUUUUGUUUGUGAGUACAAAUAUGAUGGAAUGCGAGCUCAGAUACAUUAUCUGCCGGAUGGAAAUGUGAAAAUCUUUUCAAGAAAUGCAGAAGAUGAUACUCCGAAAUAUCCUGACAUUGUGGAAAACAUCAAGUUUGCUCUGUCCAAAAAUAAGGCAGUAAGAUCAUUUAUAAUAGACUCGGAAGUCGUUGCAUACGAUCCUGAAACAAAUGUCAUGAAAAGCUUUCAGGAGUUACAAGGUCGCGCGAGAAAGGAAGUGAAACUUGAAGAUAUUAAGGUAUCUGUUUGUGUGUUUGCAUUUGAUAUCUUAUUUUUCAAUGGAGAGUCUUUAUUAAAGUGGAGUCUGAAGGAACGUCGGGAAAAACUCAUUGAAACUUUCUCUCCUGUUCAAGGAAAAUUUCAGUUUACAACAUCGAAAGUGUUCACUGAUUGGGAAGGUGUUGACGAAAUGAUGGAUGAAGCUAUUCAAGCAGGUUGUGAAGGCCUGAUGAUCAAAGCAUUAACAGGAGAAUAUUCGUCUUAUGAGCCUUCUAAUCGAUCUCAAAACUGGCUGAAAAUGAAGAAAGACUAUAUGAACUCUAUUGGGGAUAGCCUAGACUUAGUACCGAUUGGAGCCUAUUAUGGGAGAGGAAAGCGGUCAGGCGUGUUUGGUGCAUUUUUACUUGCAUGUUACAACUCAGAAACAGAAGAGUUUCAAACCGUUUGCAAGUUGGGUACAGGGUUUAGCGACGAAUUUUUGAGUUCUAUUACAAAGUUUUAUAAAGAUGGUCACAUUUUGGCGGAGCCUAAGCCUUAUUAUGGAGUUUCGGAUAGUCCUACUAUUAUACCUGAUGUAUGGUUUGACCCAUGUCAGGUUUGGGAAACAAGGUGUGCAGAUUUAACCCUAUCUCCCUCCCAUACGGCAGCAAAAGGUAUGUUGUCCGAAGAAGAUAAAGGAAUAGCACUCCGAUUCCCACGUUUCAUUCGAAUCAGAGAAGAUAAGUCAGUUGACGAUGCGACAACAGCAGAGCAAAUAGUUGAACUGUAUUCUAACCAAAAAAGUAAAAUGUGAGACCAACUGAAACGUAUCUUUUUUCUCUGUUUUUUUCAUAAGAAAUCCCCAAGCUCAUUU